CCGCCCGGCGGCAGGUGGAGGAGGAAGGUCCGCGCCUCUCGCUGUGCGGGGAGAGACGGGCGACUCACCCACCCGCCCGAGGACCAGCCGCCGAUGCCGACCCGGACGGCGAGGAGCUGAAGGGAAGGAAAGGCGAUGAAGAAGUUUUUCGACGCCCGGAGGGAAGGCUCGGCGGCGGCCGGCGCGGGCGGCCUCGGCGGGAGCUCGGGCGGCGGAGGCGGCGGCGGCGGCUCCUUUCAGGGGAAGGUGUACACUGUGGGCCGGUACCAGGUCACGGUGGAGGAGCUCAUAGCGGAAGGUGGAUUUGCAAUAGUCUUUUUAGCCAAGACUCACAGUGGAGUAAGAUGUGCCCUUAAACGAAUGUAUGUUAACAGCGAACAUGACCUCAAAGUUUGCAGAAGGGAAAUAACCAUUAUGAAAGAUUUGUCAGGAAAUAGAAAUAUUGUCAACUACUUGGACUCCAGUGUUACCUCAAAUGCUAGCGGUGUGUGGGAGGUCCUUAUUCUGAUGGAGUACUGCAGAGGUGGUCAGGUUGUGAACUUGAUGAACCAGCGAUUACAAUCUGGGUUUACAGAAACUGAAGUGCUUCAAAUAUUCUGUAAUACCUGUGAAGCAGUGGCAAGGCUACAUCAAUGCAAAACACCAAUUAUUCACAGAGACCUUAAGGUUGAGAACCUUCUACUUCACGAUAGUGGAAAUUACAUCCUCUGUGAUUUUGGAAGUGCAACAAACCGAUUUAUAUGUCCUCAGGUUGAAGGGAUCAGUGGAGUAGAAGAGGAAAUAAAAAAAUAUACAACACUGUCGUACAGAGCACCAGAAAUGGUUAACCUCUACAGUGGAAAGUCAAUUACCACUAAAGCUGAUAUUUGGGCUCUUGGGUGUUUACUUUACAAACUAUGUUUCUUUACUUUACCAUUUGGAGAAAGCCAAGUGGCCAUCUGUGAUGGAAGUUUCACCAUCCCAGACCAUUCCCGGUACUCCAAUGAAAUGCACUGUUUGAUACGGUACAUGCUUGAGCCAGACCCAGACAAGAGACCUGAUAUUUAUCAGGUUUCUUUCUUUGCUUUUAAGCUAUCAGGGAAGGCAUGUCCAGUCAAAAAUAUUAAUAAUGCUUUAAUUCCAGCAAAAAUGCCAGUACCAAUAAAAGCUAGUGAAGUUGCUGCUAAAAAAUCCCAACAAAGAACCAGGCUUACAGACCCAAUACCCACUACAGAGACCUCAAUAGCACCUCGCCAAAGGCCUAAAGCUGGUCAAGCAAAUUCAUCUCCGGGUAUUCUGACUAUUCAGCCAGCACUCACACCAAGGAAGAGACCUACAACACAAUUAGAGUCUCAAACAGCAGAUUGUGUCUCAUCCUUGGAUUGCACAGGAGUUACAUCUGCAAGUAGUGGCCAAGUUGCUCCAUUUCAUGGACAGCAGGCACCAGCUCAGGCACAGCCAACACCACAAGCGCAGCAGCAGCUAAUUCAACAGCAGUAUUUACUGCAGCACCAACAACAGGCUUACUACCAACAGCAACAAAUGCUUCAGGCAGCACAGCAUUACCAUGUGAUGCAGCAGGCACAGCAGCACAUGAUGCAGAAUUACUACCUUCAACAACAGUAUGCCAUGCAGCAGCAAGCAGCCAUGCAGCAGAUGCAAAUGAUGGCACAGCACGCUUCUGUUCAGCAGCAGGUGGCUAUGCAGCAACGUGCUCUGUUACAGGCACAAAUGCACCAAAAGGCUCAGCAGGUUCAGCCCCCACCUCAACACACAUUAAAGUUGCUGGCAUUAACCCCACCAUCUUCACCAAAAGUGCAACGAGCUGGUCAUCGGAGAAUCCUCAGCGAUGUCACGUUCAGCAGCCUGUUUGGAGUCCCAGCAAGUCAUUCCUCCCAACAGCUGGCAGCAGCUGCUGCUGAAGCCAAUCUUCAUAAAUCAAAGUCAGCUUCCACAAGUCCUGUAGGUUCUCCCAAAACUUCACAGCAAAACAUUUACAACCCUCCCGAUCUCUCUUCAUGGAAUCCUUUCGGUGAUGACAAUUUUUCUAAACUAACUGCUGAGGAACUUCUCGAUAAACAGUUCGAUGAGCUUCGGAACGAUAAAACUACUGAAUUGAAAAAAGUGUCAAAUGAAAAUCUCCUGCCAGGCUAUCAUCCCAGCACAGCUCCAUCACAAACUGACAUGUUUGGGGCAUCAGCCUUUGCAUCUGGCACAGAAAACAUUCCUGGGGAUGAUUCUAUUUCAAAUCCCAAACUCCUUCCUGCUGCUUCACCUGGCAACACUGACCCUUUUAACCCUGUUGUGUCUUCUAAUCGGACUGGGACUUUGUUCAGCAGCGAUGAGGAUGAGUGUAAAACAGAUGAAGACACCAUCAAAUUGGAGGACUAUAACAGCUCCAAACCUCUCCUCGAUGAUUUGGAUGAAGAUUAUGAAAUAGACCAAGACAAUCAAAACGAGAGUGAAGGAGAACAUCUCAACCAAGAUUUUUCGAAAGAAACUGACCCAGAGGAACCUUGCCAAAUUAGAUCAUCUGAUUCUACUCCCAGUGUCCAAAACACUGAAGUCUGCCAGGAAACCUCUGUGGCUCAUUUGGAAACGGAUCUUUCACUGUUUCAAUCUGAUGUGUGUAAAGAGACGGGUGGUGUGAAUGACCACAGCAAGCUGGAAAAAAUUCAAGAAGCUUCGUUCAAACCUAAAGUGAAUCUUAAAAAUGACCAAGAUGAAUUUUGCAUCUUCAAGAAUGCGCCAUUUGCAAGCAUGGUAUACCUGCCAGACCCUCACACCAAAGAAAUGACAUCAGUGGAACCCGCAAACACAGAUUUAUUUGGUCACGUUCCUUUUCAGACAGUUUCUGCUGAGAUUGGAAGGGACUUUGCAGAUGUGUGCCACUUAGAGCUAAUGAGUGGAAGUACAACUAACACUGAGCAACAUGUGCAAUCACCUGUGGACGGCCUUAAAUGCAAAAUCACCAAAAACGUCAGGCUAAAUAAGGAGCAAGAGGUGCACUCUGACACUGCUUUAAUCGCAGGAUGCCUUGGGGAUAUUUCAGAGGACAUUAGGUCUGCAAAGUAUGAAAAAUAUAAUUCUAUUAUGAAAGUACCUUCAAUAUUAAACCCUUUUAGCCAAAGUACCAGCCCUAAUAAUAUGGGAAAACUCGAAUCUGAUGGACUCACUGAACCACAAGUUGUUCUGGGUCAAGACUCUGUCCUGCACAUAAACAACGAGGAUCCAUUUUCUGCUGCACCUUUCCCUAUGAAGGGCUGGGGAAAGGUUUUUCCAACAAGUGGUUCAACGGAGAGCAAAUAAUAUCAUUACUUACUGUUUGGGCUUUCAGAUUUGAUGAACAUUGGCAGAGCAGAAAAGGUUUUAACCUUUGCCUGUGGAAAACUGAACAGCAGCAUGAUUUACAACUUGAAUCCCAAGGGAUGGGCUCCAGUUUGCACCAUUUACAGACAUAUCAAUGGAUUCAGGAAUCAAGACAUUGAUGAAAUGUCAGUGUUGCUGAAACUGCAGAUAUAAAUAUCACUUUAUAGCUUCAGUAAUCCAUAUAGUGGUUCAGUGUAUGGAACAACCGCACUGAAGAAAUUUGUGGUUGUGUUUUAAAGCAAGAAGAUGCAACUCAGUGACAGGAUUGGUCUCCCAUCUUACUCAACAAGAAUUACAUUCAGUGGGGACACAAUAUUCAAGGAACAUGAUGUUCCUACUUCAGAUUUUUUUUUCUUAAUGGCCAGGUUAAUGAGAUCUGUAGCUCACUUUCCAACAAACUCAAUGAAGAACGUCAUAAAACUGAAGGAAUUAUUAGUUACUCAUUUGUCAUUUUGAGGAAUGUAUUCUUUGGGUAAGAGACUAUUUCUCUUUACACUCAACCAACACUUCCUGAGUUUUGUUUAUUUCUCUGAACCUAAUAAAUCUGCCCAGGAUUAAGGGCAGGCUUUAAUUAAUCUAUAUCAUGUGAGUGAUCGCAAUUUCUCAAUUAUCCUCUGAGCAGUUUCUUUCAGUUAACCCUUCUAUUUUAUACUUCAUCUGGCCAACUGCCGACUUGAAGUCUGAAGUGCAAUGCAAAUACAAUUCUUUACCAAAGACUGACGGACUAAUUCUCGAACUAUGUGAAAGUCUCACAUUAGUUCAACAAGUAUCACAGAAAUCAUGCAAUCAUAAAAACUAUGAAUAAAACAAAAUCUUUGCUUGCAAUGACCGAUUUAGAAAGUUUAAAAAGAUCUAUGCACUGGUAUUCAAUAAUCCACUAUGCAGCGCUACAUUGGUAUGACUGCAGUUUUACAAUGCUCUGCCAUUGCACCAUCACUGUUGAGUUCUGCAAAGAAUGCUCAAGCUGCUCUAAACUACGAGGCAAAAAGUUGGGAGGAGCUCAUCAGUGUAGCAGAGACUGGUCUUUAGACAAUCUAUCGUGCAACACAUGUAAAGCAAUCACCGUUCUUACCCUGUAAAUCAAGAGGAUUGUUUCUUCAUGUGGCUCUAUUUACUGUUACAAAUAUUUCAGUAGGUAAGGAAUGACGUAAAUAUGAUAAACUACAAAUCACUGUGAUAUCCAGGAUAGGACUAACCAUUCCUGUGAAAUGCAACUCUGAUAUUAUGAAAUUGUUUUGGCCAUGCUGCAUUAUUUAAGCAAAUGGCUAUUGACUGUCUGUGUACUACAAAUGUUCUGAAAUUGGUUAUUCCAAGUCGUAAAUAAACACCAACA